UCCUUCAAAACUUCACAAUAUUCCUGUGAUGGAUUCAAUGGCUAGAGCAACACCGCGUUCUUAUGAGGAUUUUAUUCCCUCCUCGCAUUGGAUUAGAGAAGAAGGAUCCGAUACGCUCGUAAUUGAGCUCCCGGGAUUCAAGAAGGAGCACCUAAAAGUCCAGCUCGACAACCACACCAAUCUCCGCACCAGCGGCCAGCGCCCUCUCACCGGAAACCAAUGGCUACGCUUCCGAGGGGAAUUCCAAAUACCCGACAAGUACAACACGGGCAAAGCCCGUGCCAAGUUCGAGAACGGACUCCUUACCGUUAACCUCCCAAAACUCAUCACUGAACCUGAAACAAUAACACAAGCUCCUGCGGGAUCUCAUGAGCGCGAUUCUGCAGAAGGAGAAAAUGGGCAGGGUGUAAGCGGAAAAGGUGAGGUCGGGAUUAAGGUGAAGAGGAGGUGGUUGUUUGUAAAUUGUGCAGUGGCUGCUUUGGUUAUUGUUGGGGUGGGGAGUUUCGUGGUUUAUAAUUUCAGGAAGAGGGGUUGGGAGCUGAUAGAGUACUUCGAUCAGUAUUAGGUUGUGAUUGGGAUUUGGGAGGGAGAGUGUGUAAUUUGAAGAUUGUUGUGGUCGUGUGUGCAUUUGUAAAUUAUGAGAAUAUUGCAUGAGUAAAAAUGGAAAGAAAUAA